AUGACUAAUCCUUGGGAAGAGAAAGUCUGCAAAAUGGCUCAAACGAGUUUACUGCAAGGGAAGCAGUUUUACUGUAGGGAGUGGGUUUUCCACAAACUUCAGCAUUGCCUCCAGGAGAAAACUAACUGCUGCAAUAGUGCUGUCAACACACCAUCGCUUGUUAUGAAUUCUGGGAAUAAUGCUAGUGCUGUCUCUGGAAAGGGAGCUUCCUGGGGUGUGUUGCUGGUAGGAGGGCCUGGCAGUGGCAAGACGGCCCUAUGUACUGAGCUCUUAUGGCCAAGUUCACCUACAAGCUUGCAAAGAGGUUUACAUCGCCAGGCUUUGGCCUUUCAUUUUUGCAAAGCCCAGGACUCUGAUACUUUGUGUGUUGGAGGGUUUAUUAGAGGUUUAGUUGCCCAGAUCUGCCGCAGUGGACUACUCCAAGGAUAUGAGGACAAGCUAAGGGAUCCAGCAGUCCAAAGCCUCUUACAGCCUGGGGAAUGUGAGAGGAACCCAGCUGAAGCAUUUAAAAGGUGUGUUCUGCUCCCCCUUUUGGGAAUGAAGCCUCCCCAGCAAAGCCUAUACCUGCUUGUUGAUUCUGUUGAUGAAGGGUGUAACGUUACUGAAGGUGAACAAACGUCUACCAGCUUAUCUGGGACUGUUGCAGAACUUUUAGCUGGUCACCAUGAGUUCUUUCCACCAUGGCUACUGCUGCUCUGUUCUGCCCGAAAGCAGAGUAAGGCUGUUACUAAAAUGUUUACUGGUUUUCGAAAAAUAAGUUUAGAUGAUCUUCGGAAGGCGUACAUUGUCAAGGAUGUUCAACAGUACAUUCUUCAUCGUUUAGAUCAAGAAGAAGCUUUGCGACAACACCUCACAAAAGAAACUGCAGAGAUGUUAAAUCAACUGCACAUUAAAAGCAGUGGAUGCUUUCUUUACCUAGAACGAGUUCUAGAUGGAGUUGUAGAAAAUUUUAUUAUGUUAAGAGAGAUUCGCGACAUCCCAGGAACUCUAAAUGGUCUAUAUCUCUGGCUGUGCCAAAGACUUUUUGUAAGAAAACAAUUUGCAAAGGUUCAGCCUAUUUUGAAUGUGAUUCUUGCAGCCUGCCGACCUUUGACCAUAACAGAAUUAUAUCAUGCAGUAUGGACCAAGAAUAUGUCAUUAACCUUGGAAGACUUUCAACGCAAGUUAGAUGUUCUCUCCAAACUUCUUGUUGAUGGACUAGGAAAUACUAAAAUACUGUUUCACUACAGUUUUGCAGAGUGGCUUCUGGAUGUAAAACACUGUACUCAGAAGUAUUUAUGUAAUGCAGCAGAAGGACACAGAAUGUUAGCUAUGAGUUAUACCUGUCAAGCCAAGAAUUUAACACCAUUGGAAGCACAAGAAUUUGCAUUGCACUUAAUUAAUUCAAACUUACAAUUAGAGACAGCUGAGUUAGCUCUGUGGAUGAUAUGGAAUGGUACACCUGUCAGAGAUUCCCUGUCCACUUUAAUACCCAAGGAACAAGAAGUGCUACAGCUGUUAGUUAAAGCUGGUGCUCAUGUCAACAGUGAAGAUGAUCGCACAUCAUGCAUAGUCCGACAGGCCUUAGAAAGAGAAGAUUCCAUUCGGACAUUAUUAGAUAAUGGAGCUUCAGUAAAUCAGUGUGAUUCAAAUGGGAGAACAUUAUUGGCUAAUGCUGCAUACAGUGGCAAUCUUGAUGUAGUGAAUUUACUUGUCUCAAGAGGAUCAGAUUUAGAGAUAGAAGAUGCUCAUGGACAUACACCACUCACCCUGGCUGCUAGACAAGGACAUACCAAGGUGGUUAAUUGUUUGAUUGGGUGUGGAGCAAAUGUUAAUCAUACUGAUCAAGAUGGUUGGACAGCAUUAAGAUCUGCUGCUUGGGGUGGCCAUACUGAGGUAGUUUCUGCUUUACUUUAUGCUGGUGUGAAAGUGGAUUGUGCAGAUGCUGAUAGCCGAACAGCUUUGAGAGCAGCAGCUUGGGGAGGACACGAGGAUAUUGUACUGAAUUUGCUGCAACAUGGUGCUGAAGUUAAUAAAGCUGACAAUGAAGGUAGAACUGCUUUGAUAGCAGCAGCAUACAUGGGACAUAGAGAAAUUGUGGAACACCUACUGGACCACGGAGCAGAAGUAAAUCAUGAGGAUGUUGAUGGCAGGACUGCACUCUCUGUAGCUGCACUUUGUGUGCCUGCAAGUAAAGGACAUGCGUCAGUCGUUAGCCUUUUAAUUGAUCGAGGUGCUGAAGUAGAUCAUUGUGAUAAAGAUGGCAUGACUCCACUGCUGGUUGCUGCCUAUGAAGGACAUGUUGAUGUUGUUGACUUGCUUCUAGAGGGGGGAGCAGAUGUAGAUCACACGGAUAACAAUGGUCGUACACCUCUCUUAGCAGCAGCUUCUAUGGGACAUGCUUCAGUUGUAAACACACUUUUGUUUUGGGGUGCAGCUGUGGAUAGUAUUGACAGUGAGGGUAGGACAGUCCUCAGCAUAGCUUCAGCACAAGGAAAUGUUGAGGUGGUACGUACUCUACUGGAUAGAGGGUUAGAUGAAAAUCACAGAGAUGAUGCUGGAUGGACACCUUUGCAUAUGGCAGCUUUUGAAGGUCACAGAUUAAUAUGUGAAGCACUUAUUGAACAAGGUGCUAGAACAAAUGAGACAGACAAUGAUGGGCGAAUCCCUUUCAUAUUAGCUUCACAAGAGGGUCAUUAUGAUUGUGUUCAAAUAUUAUUGGAAAAUAAAUCCAAUAUUGAUCAAAGAGGUUAUGAUGGAAGAAAUGCACUGCGGGUUGCUGCACUGGAAGGACACAGAGACAUUGUCGAAUUGCUUUUUAGCCAUGGAGCUGAUGUUAAUUACAAAGAUGCUGAUGGUAGGCCCACACUUUAUAUCUUGGCCUUAGAAAACCAGCUUUCAAUGGCUGAAUAUUUUUUAGAAAACGGUGCCAAUGUAGAAGCAAGUGAUGCUGAAGGAAGGACAGCACUUCAUGUUUCCUGCUGGCAAGGCCAUAUGGAAAUGGUGCAGGUUCUGAUAGCCUACCAUGCUGAUGUCAAUGCUGCAGACAAUGAAAAGCGUUCUGCUUUGCAGUCGGCAGCCUGGCAGGGCCAUGUAAAAGUGGUUCAGCUUCUAAUUGAGCAUAGUGCUGUAGUUGACCAUACAUGUAAUCAAGGUGCGACUGCACUCUGUAUUGCAGCCCAGGAAGGGCACAUUGAUGUUGUGCAGGUUUUAUUAGAGCACGGUGCUGACCCAAACCAUGCUGAUCAAUUUGGACGUACUGCUAUGCGCGUUGCAGCCAAAAAUGGACAUUCUCAAAUAAUUAAAUUAUUAGAAAAAUAUGGUGCAUCUAGUUUGAAUGGCUGUUCCCCCUCUCCUGUUCACACAAUGGAGCAAAAACCUCUACAGUCAGUGUCUUCAAAAAUGCAAUCCCUAACAAUUAAAUCAAACAGCUCUGGCAGUACUGGUGGUGGAGAUAUGCAGCCUUCAUUACGAGGUUUACCCAAUGGGCCAGCACAUGCAUUCAGUUCUCCUUCAGAAUCUCCAGAUUCUACAGUUGAUCGGCAGAAGUCAUCAUUAUCAAAUAAUUCCCUGAAAAGCUCAAAAAAUUCAUCUUUGAGAACUACUUCAUCUACAGCAACGGCUCAAACAGUGCCAAUUGACAGCUUUCAUAACUUGUCAUUUACGGAACAAAUUCAGCAGCAUUCAUUGCCACGCAGUAGAAGUCGGCAGUCAAUUGUUUCCCCAUCUUCCACAACACAGUCCUUAGGACAGAGUCAUAAUUCACCUAGUAGUGAGUUUGAGUGGAGUCAGGUAAAGCCCAGUUUGAAGUCAACUAAAGCAAAUAAAGGGGCAAAAUCAGAAAAUUCCAGCAAAUCUGAGUCAGCUGGAAAAAAAGCUAAACAAAGUAAUUCUUCACAGCCAAAGGUUUUAGAAUAUGAAAUGACUCAGUUUGAUAAAAGAGGUCCGAUAGCCAAAUCUGGGACUAGUGCCCCACCUAAACAAAUGCCAGCAGAAUCUCAGUGCAAGAUUACGAUACCUUCAACUCAGCAGGAAAUUGGUCGAACUCAACAGCAAUUUCUCAUUCACCAACAAAGUGGUGAACAGAAGAAGAGAAAUGGAAUAAUGACAAAUCCAAAUUAUCAUCUUCAGAGCAACCAAGUUUUUCUUGGUAGGGUUUCAGUCCCACGAACAGCACAAGAUAGAGGGCAUCAGGAAGUGUUAGAGGGGUAUCCUUCCUCAGAGACAGAAUUAAGCCUUAAACAAGCCCUGAAGCUUCAGAUUGAGGGUUCUGAUCCUAGCUUCAACUAUAAAAAAGAAACGCCAUUAUAA